CUCCAUCCUCACCGCCGAUCGGCUGCGAGCGGACUUGCUGGGGACGGCGGCGGCGGCGGCAGCGGGAGUCUCGGCUGCACCCCUCUACUGCCCCCCGCCCUGCGUCCCAGCCUCCCCACCAUGUCCUAGAAAAGCUAUGGAGACCAAGGGCUACCACAGUCUCCCCGACGGUCUUGGUCUCGACAUGGAGAGACGGUGGGGUCAAGUUGGCCAGGCCGCGGACCGCCCUGCGCUGGGACCUAGCGAGAGGGCCGAGAGGGCCGAGGAGAAUAGCUGCAUGGAGAUUGUCAACGUCAGCUGCGUUUCCGGUGCUAUUCCACACAACAGUGCUCAGGGCGGCGGCAAAGACAAACCCGAGCUCCUCCCGUGCAUCCAGCAGGACUCCGCUCAGCGACCUGGGAUUUUAGCCUCGGAAAUUAAGACUGAGCUGGAGUCCAAGGAACUCUCGGCCACCGUGGCGGAGUCCAUGGGCCUGUACAUGGACUCGGUGCGCGAGGCCGACUACGCCGCCUACGACCCCCAGCACCCCCACCACGACAGCGCGAGCCCCGCCAAGCUCUACCCGAACGUGGAGCAGCUGAUGAAGUUCUACAAGGAGAACGGCCACCGGCCGGCCGCCCUGGGCGGGGUCAGCCGGCCCCUGCGGGCCUUCCUGGCGGACUCUGGGGGUGCGGUCAACGGGGGAGCCCUGCGCCCCGUGGUGAAAAGCCCCCUCCUGGGUCACGAGAAGAGCCCGUCGGGGUGCAGCCCUCUGAACCUGACGUCGUCGGGGUGCAGCCCUGCGGGCAUCAACUCCGUGUCCUCCACGUCGGCCAGCUUUGGCAGCUUCCCCUCGCACAGCCCCCUCACCCAGGGCACCCCGCUGACCUGCUCCCCGACCGUGGAGAGCCGGGGCUCCCGCUCGCACAGCCCCGCGCACGCCAGCAACGUGGGCUCGCCGCUGUCCAGUCCCCUAAGUAGCAUGAAGUCACCCCUGUCCAGCCCGCCGAGCCACUGCAGCGCCAAGUCGCCCGUGUCCAGCCCCAACAACGUCACGCUGCGCUCGUCGGUGUCCAGCCCGGCCAACGUCAAUAACUCCAGGUGCUCCGUUUCCAGCCCUAGCCACGCCAAUAACAGAUCCACGCUGUCCAGCCCCACGGCCAGCACGGUGGGAUCUAUCUGCAGCCCCCUCAACAAUGCCUUCAGCUACGCGGCCUCGGGCACCCCUGCCGGACCUGGGGCCGCCCGGGAUGUGGUUCCCAGCCCAGACACACACGAGAAAGGUGCUCACGAGGUCCCUUUCCCCAAGACCGAGGAGGUGGACAACGCCGUCUCCAACGGGGUGACCGCGGGCCAGCUGAACAUUGUCCAGUACAUUAAAACCGAGCCCGAGGGCACGUUCGGCAGCUCCUGCCUCGGAGGAAAUAGCAAAGUCGCCCCCGAUGCCCCGUUCUCGGUCCCCAUCAAGCAAGAAGCAACCAACAAGCACUCGUGUUCCGCCACGGCUUUCAAAGGGAACCCCCCGGUCAACCCGUUUCCCUUCAUGGAUGGCUCAUAUUUUUCCUUUAUGGAUGAUAAGGACUAUUAUUCACUAUCAGGAAUUUUAGGACCCCCCGUGCCGGGCUUUGAUGGGAACUGCGAAGGCAGUGGGUUCCCGAUGGGGAUUAAGCAAGAACCCGAUGAUGGGAGCUACUACCCCGAGGCCAGCAUCCCAUCCUCGGCCAUCGUGGGUGUGAAUUCAGGUGGACAGUCCUUUCACUACCGGAUUGGUGCUCAAGGUACAAUCUCUCUCUCACGAUCCGCUAGAGACCAGUCUUUCCAACACCUGACUUCCUUCCCGCCGGUGAAUACUCUCGUGGAGUCCUGGAAACCGCACGGGGACGUGGCCUCCAGGAGAGGCGAUGGAUAUCCGGUCCUAGAAUACAUUCCAGAAAACGUGUCAAGCUCUACUUUACGAAGUGUUUCUACUGGAUCCUCAAGACCUUCCAAAAUAUGUUUGGUGUGUGGGGAUGAGGCUUCAGGAUGUCAUUAUGGGGUGGUAACCUGUGGCAGCUGCAAAGUGUUCUUCAAAAGAGCAGUGGAAGGACAACACAACUAUUUAUGUGCUGGAAGAAAUGAUUGCAUCAUUGAUAAAAUUCGACGGAAGAAUUGUCCUGCCUGUAGACUUCAGAAAUGCCUUCAAGCUGGGAUGAAUUUAGGAGCCCGGAAGUCGAAGAAGCUGGGCAAGUUAAAAGGGAUUCACGAGGGCCAGUCUCAGGAGCCCCCGCCCCCACCCCCGCAGAGCCCCGAGGAGGGGACCACCUACAUCGCCCCCGCCAAGGAGCCGUCGGUCAACACCGCGCUCGUGCCGCAGCUGUCCAGCAUCUCCCGCGCCCUCACGCCGUCCCCGUCCAUGAUCCUGGAGACCAUCGAGCCGGAGGUCGUGUACGCGGGCUACGACAGCUCCAAGCCCGACACCCCCGAGGGUCUGCUGUCCACGCUCAACCGCCUGGCCGGCAAGCAGAUGAUCCAGGUGGUGAAGUGGGCGAAGGUACUUCCAGGAUUUAAAAACUUGCCUCUUGAGGACCAAAUUACCCUAAUCCAGUAUUCUUGGAUGUGUCUAUCAUCAUUUGCCUUGAGCUGGAGAUCGUACAAACAUACGAACAGCCAAUUUCUCUAUUUUGCGCCAGACCUAGUCUUUAAUGAGGAGAAGAUGCACCAGUCGGCCAUGUACGAACUCUGCCAGGGGAUGCACCAAAUCAGCCUUCAGUUCGUCCGCCUGCAGCUCACCUUCGAAGAGUACACCGUGAUGAAAGUCCUGCUGCUGCUCAGCACAAUUCCAAAGGAUGGCCUCAAAAGCCAGAGUGCGUUUGAAGAAAUGAGGACAAAUUACAUCAAAGAGCUGCGGAAGGUGGUGACAAAGUGCCCCAACAAUUCUGGGCAAAGCUGGCAGCGGUUCUACCAACUGACCAAGCUUCUGGACUCCAUGCAUGAUCUGGUGAGUGACCUGCUGGAAUUCUGCUUCUACACCUUCCGUGAGUCCCAGGCGCUGAAGGUGGAGUUCCCCGCCAUGCUGGUGGAGAUCAUCAGCGACCAGCUGCCCAAGGUGGAAUCCGGGAACGCCAAGCCGCUCUACUUCCACCGGAAGUGACAGAGGCGGCCAGCCCACCGCGAAGAACUUUGCCUUAAACGUUUCCCCGUGUUAUUCCGCACCCACGACGGACCCAAGCAAUCCUAUUUUUAAACAGGUGAUGGUGGAUCGCACUUGUCCAGAUGUCUCUCAAGAUUUUUAAAAAUAAAUAAAUAAAUAAAUAAAAAAUCCAUGUCUUGAGGGGUCGAGAAGCCCAGGACGGACAUGUGGACGUGGCGGGAGCUGAGCAGUCUCGGAUCAAAAGGCUUCUCCCCCCUUCCCCCCCAGCCGCGUAGACACUCGUUCCUGCUCCUCUGGAUGAAAAGCCAUAUCUAGUCAAUAACUCUGAUUUUGAUAUUUUAACAGAUGGAGGUUUUAACUCUGCCAUGUAGAUUCUGGGAUCACUGGCUUGUUUUCAAAGGGUUCAAGGACUAACGAACUUUUUCAGCUUACCCUUGGUUUGCACAUACAAAAAAAAAGUAUAGUCAAUAUGGGGCAUUAAUAUUCUUUUGUUAUUUAAAAGACACAAGAAAAAAAAACAAAAAAGAUAGAGAUUCCUGUUGUGUAAUAACGGAGCACGAGGCACCUAGCGGCCCUUGGGGGCUGCUGCUGAUGCCCGUUUUUCUGCAUCACUGGUGAACACACACCCUAUAGCGUCCAUUUAUUAUUUAAUUAGAAUGGAUAAGAUGUUAAAACAAAUGCCUUGGUUUCGAUUUCUAGUAUCUAUUGUGUUGGCUUUACAGAUAAUUUUUUGCAGUCUUUUGCUGUGGUGUACAUUACUGUAUGUAUAAAUUGUGAAGGACCUGAAAUAAGGUAUAAGGAACUUUUGUAAAUGACACAUAACAAAAAAAAAACUUUAAUGGUUAAAAGGAUGAAUGGGAAAGUAUUUUUGAAAGAAUUCUAUUUUGCUGGAGACUAUUUAAGUACUAUCUUUGUCUAAACAAACAAGGUUAAAAAAAAAAUUUUUUUUUUUUUUUGGUAACGUGCGCUGUUCUGCAUGCUUCCUGAAGCGUUUACAGUGUAUUUAAGAAAGGGAAAGCUGUGCCUUUUUUAGCUUCAUAUCUCAUUUACCACUUUACAGUCUCUGUUGUAAAUAACCACACCUAGACCUCUUGGGUUGUCCCGACGCCUUUCUACCCACCCUUCCUGUGCUUCUGUGUGUCCUGGCUCUCCCGUGGGGGAUGUUGGUAGAACUUGGGCCCUCACCCUGGUUUCCAGGCUCCCCGCCCAAUGGGGGAGUUGGGAAGGUGCCACUCGGCGAACGUGCACAUGAGAACGUUCUGGAAUGUUGUGAGGGAGCCCGCCCCGUCCCACCGGGUCGUUGGCUCCAGGUGCCUCGGAGACCACGGGAUGCAGAGGCUCACCCCCGGGCUCCGGACGUGCCGGGUCUCUGCUUCCUUCCGGUCUUGGUUCUGGGAACACGGUCGUAGGCUGUGACCUACGAGCCCGGCUCGGUCCGAACAGUGUGGAGACCAGGCGGAGAGGAGAGAGGGUUUUUAGAUUUUUAAAAAGUAGGUUUUCGAAAUAAAUUUUAUACAGAAAACAAUUUUGGAAGGAAACACAAAACCAACCACCACAACAAAGAUAAAAAUCCCUGCAGAUCAUAGAUGCAAGACAGUGUACACUAAAAAAAAAUUUUUUUUUAAAUCAUUAAUCUCUUUGGCACUGAUGCAAUUGAUGACUUUUGUUCCUCAUGCCCCCACCCCGACCCCCCCAUCUCGACUAUCUAGAGCUAAGCUAGCUGUAGAUCUUUGGGGAGACUUUAACAAUAUGCUUGCACUAAACUACUCUGAAUAGAGGCCAAAUUAAUCUUUUGAACGUGAUGAUAAUCAUCAGGUACUCAGUGAAAUCACUACUUUCCAAAACGGAAAAGCUGGAGAUGCUUUUACCCCGGCGUUUACCAUGCAGGUAACACCACCUUGUCUUUCCAGACACCUGCCUUAUGCACGGGAGACCCGUGGACGCCGCGCUCAGCGGGAGGGGGAGUUUUUCCGACAUAAUUUGCAAUUUCAGGAAUUUAAUUUCUAGGCAGAUCUUUAAAUGCAGCCAACGUAACCUGCACAGCGGUAUGGAAGCCACACCUGGAAGGCUUAAACACAACAGCAUGCAGACCUGGGUUAGUUCUAGAGCAGAGGAGGCUCGGCAAAGAAGACCAGCUCCGAGCCCAGACACGCGAUCACGCAAUCAGGGGUUCUGCGUGAAUGAGAUGGAGAUGGUCUGCAGCAGCUCUUUGUAUUAACAAAGUUACUGGCUCCUCUUGCGUCUCCGGGUAACUUUGCUCGAUUACACAGCAAAGCCAUAUUCUAAAUUCACUGUUGAAUGCCUGUCCCCGUCCAAAUCGUCUGUCUGCUCUUAUUUUUGUACCAUAUUGCUCUUACAAGGAAAAACAAAAAAAAUCUUGGUUUGGUACAAUUCAUAAUUCACCAAAACUUCUUCAUAUAAUUAAAAAACACUAAAUUAGUUUAAAAUGAAGCAAUUUAUAUCUUUAUGCAAAAACAUACGUCUGUCUUUGCAAAGGACUGUAAGCAGAUUACAAUAAAUCCUUUCCUUUAA